UCGCCAUCACACAAAAAGGGGCAACAUGGUCUUUGCAUUCAUCGAAAACCUUCCAUACUCCAACAGAAUAACGGGUUGCGUGAAUUUACGCACGGGAUGUCUGAUUGCCCUCACAGUUUCGCUCGUGCUAAGGACCGUCAUCUACCUUUGUUACUUUUUCGAUGCCACAUCUUUCGUCUAUGACUUUUUGCUGGCCCCGCCAUUGCCCUGGACAAAUGCCCGUUUAACGUUGGAAAUGUUCUUGGACUUGGUCGGGUUGACUGCUGAUGUCUCGCUUCUCAUGGGAUGUUUGAACAGAGACGUCAAACAUUUAGAAUUCUUUUCUCUCUUGAUGGUCACUGUGAUUUCGUGCUAUUUACUUUACUAUAUUACGGUUUUCCUGUUGUGUCAAGCCUUUAUUGUGGUAGUUGUCGCUGUUAUUAUUCUUGGGACAAAAGUUUAUUAUUUCUUAUGUGGUCACUCGCUGAACCAAACUUGGAAACUUGGAGUAACAGACAACAACAGAGUUUAAAAAAACCUUCUCAUGUAAAUAAAUAACUUUAAAUUUAAUUCGUUUUUUUUUUGUUAUUAUUUAUUUAUUUUCCUUAUUUUUUGUUUAUUAUUUAAAUUUUAAAAAGUUAAUAAAGACCAAAUUUCUA